AUGCCUAUCGGAAGCGAGGAGCUCAAUCAAAGCAGCAAUCACCAGGCCAAGAAGGCGCCGACAAACGCCACAACUGCCCAAAAGAGAAAGCUACAAAAUAGAGCGGCACAAAAGACAUACCGAGAGAAACGCAAGCGCAAGCUGCAAGAGCUUGAGGAGCUCACCGCGCGGUCUGGUCCUGCUAAUCGAAGCACCAAUGGAAAUACAAGCCUGGAACUUGUGACCUCACAAGGCAGUGAUACACUCCCUCCGCCAGAUUCGGACACGAGCAAUACCGUGGAGAACCCUGAUUGGCUAUUCGACUUCAUCGCCCCUACCGCCAUAGACCUUACUUCUCCAUCGAUAACCACCAUGCCCCACGCAACCGUCGUAACCUACCAAAUGUGCUUCCCGGAUCUCCCCACAGAACAGCAACGCGCGGCACUCGCUUGCAAAGUCUUCGCCGCCUACACCCGCACGCGCACUCAACACCUGUUCGACCCAUAUCAAAACAACCUAAACAUCUCAACACUAUCCUUUGCCGCAGGCUUCUUUGCCAACGCACUGAGUUUGGGCUUGACAGACCACAUGUACUGCAAUCCGUCCGCACAAUCUAACUUCUACCGCCCGAAGAUCACGGAGUCGCCCUACGCGGAUACCAUGAUGCUCGCUGUGCAGCGCAGCUUCGACGGCCUGAAACCGGAUUUGCGACCCACAUCCGCCCAAAUCGUACAGUCGCAUCAUCCAGCUAUCGACUUCUUCCCCUUCCCCAACUUUCGAAGACGGUUGAUUGAAGGUUUGGCUCAGAAUCCGCCCCUAAUCAAUGAAGUCGAAUUCUGGGAAGACCUCAAAGCGGAUGCGAUAGUCUGUUGGGGAAGUGCUAGUGUGGACUUGGGUGGUGAAGGCGUGCCGUGGAGCUGGGAGGCGAAGGAGUGGUUUUUGGAUAAAUAUCGUGGGAUGCUUGGGGACGAGGAAGAUGAGCUUUGGCGGGCGAGUCGGUGGUGGCGGGAGAUGAGGGGAGAAUAUACGUAA